ACGUUUUAGCAGAAAGGUCCUGCACCUGCAGAAAAUUUGCCACCCCUCUCUGUCUGAAAAUACAAAGCCCUCUCAGAAAUCCACUUCUCAGCUCCACUCCAUCAACUGUCAGCUUCUUCAAGCUCCGAAGUCUUCGCGGCGUUCACAGUGAUGUCUGCGGUUCUUCCUCAUCCAGUUAGAACCCACCAUUGUUGUUCAUCGUUUCGCAUAUUCAAGAAGAGUCCUUUGCCUCCACCUGCUCUUUUGCCUCGAUCUUCAUCUUGGUUGAGACAAAUAGAUGGCCCCAGAUUCUUGUUGCGUACAAAUGGGCUUCUUCUUGCUCGGGCCGAAGACAAGGCCCGAAGUAGUUCUCCUACUUCGUCGGGCCAACAGCAGAAGAAUCCGCAGGCCAACUCGGAUAAGCAGCUUCAGGAUUCGGGUCCUUCUGGAACAUGUGACCCUUUAUGUUCUAUUGAUGACACAAGCUCUGAAGAAUUUGAAGUCAGUAACCAACCAAAGACAGAUUUGCUGAAAGCUCUUGCAAUUCUUGCAGCUGCUGGAACUGGAGCACUGGCGAUAAAUCAUUCUUGGGUUGCAGCAAACCAGGAUCUUGCAAUGGCAUUGUUAUUUGGAAUUGGAUAUGCUGGAAUAAUAUUUGAAGAAUCUCUUGCCUUUAAUAAAAGUGGAGUGGGACUUCUCAUGGCUGUUAGUUUGUGGGUCAUACGAAGCAUUGGGGCUCCUUCAACUGAGGUAGCUGUUUCAGAGUUGUCUCAUGCAUCUGCGGAAGUCAGUGAAAUAGUAUUUUUCUUGCUUGGUGCAAUGACAAUUGUCGAGAUUGUUGAUGCUCAUCAAGGAUUCAAGCUAGUCACUGAUAAUAUCACCACUCGCAAGCCAAGAACUCUGCUUUGGGUGGUUGGUUUCGUAACAUUUUUCCUGAGCUCAGUCCUUGACAACUUGACCUCUACCAUUGUCAUGGUGUCAUUGUUGAGAAAAUUGGUGCCACCUUCAGAAUACCGCAAGCUUCUGGGUGCAGUUGUUGUUAUUGCUGCAAAUGCUGGUGGAGCAUGGACUCCAAUUGGUGAUGUUACAACUACUAUGCUUUGGAUACACGGUCAAAUAUCCACACUACCGACAAUGAAGGAGUUACUAAUCCCAUCAGCCGUUUCUUUGGCUGUUCCUCUGGCUCUCAUGUCCCUCACUAGUGAAGUAAAUGGAAGAGGACAGAAUUCUGCUGAUGUCUUAGCCUCUGAACAAAUGGCUCCUCGAGGCAAGCUUGUGUUCUCUGUGGGAAUUGGUGCUCUUGUUUUUGUCCCAGUUUUCAAGGCUUUGACAGGUUUACCCCCUUAUAUGGGUAUGCUUCUUGGACUUGGAGUCCUCUGGAUCCUAACUGAUGCAAUUCACUAUGGUGAAUCUGAGAGACAGCAGUUGAAGGUACCACAGGCUUUAUCACGUAUCGACACUCAAGGAGCCCUUUUCUUCCUUGGGAUUCUUCUAUCGGUCAGCAGCCUGGAAGCGGCAGGUAUUCUGAGGGAAAUAGCAAAUUACCUAGACGCCCAUAUACCGAAUAUUGAGCUAAUUGCAAGUUCAAUAGGAGUCGUAUCAGCAAUCAUAGAUAACGUCCCAUUAGUUGCGGCAACAAUGGGAAUGUACGAUCUCUCUUCUUUUCCUCGGGACUCUGAGUUCUGGCAGCUGGUAGCAUAUUGUGCCGGUACAGGUGGAUCCAUGUUAAUCAUCGGAUCUGCGGCUGGUGUUGCGUUUAUGGGGAUGGAGAAGGUUGACUUCUUUUGGUACCUACGGAAGGUGAGUGGAUUUGCUUUUGUUGGUUAUGCUGCCGGCAUCGCUGUGUAUCUUGGUGUUCAUAAUCUUGAUAUUUCCCUUCCGGCAACUCUGGCUCAUGUUCCCUUCCUUUCUGGUUCUUGAAUUGACCAAUCAAUAUGUUAUCUGUAGUUCAUUAGUGAAACAGGGAUUCUGUAUUUUUGUAGAUCCUUUUCCAGUUCACAGAAUAAAGGGCAAACUUUCCUUUACAUGUAGUUUUGCAGGAUAGAUAUUUGAAGAUGGCCUUCAAAAUUUUGGGAUGAGAAUCAUUGCCCUACAAAUGUAUAAACUGCAACUUUCCAAUUUUUGUGGCUGGUGGAAGAAGGUUGUACUAUCGUUGUCCA